AUGGCCGCUAAAUCUAGUUCUGAUGAAAUUGAUAUGGAACAGCAUGUGCUCCCCACAUCAUCGGAUACUUCAAAUAAAAAACCAUGGUAUAAAACACCUUCCGCCUACUGGUUACUACCGAUGUUUAUAGUUAUUGCGAUGACAAGUGGACUAAGUGCUGCCGCUGGAACCCAGCUUUAUGUAUUGGCUGUGUGUCACGAUCUCUAUCCAGAAAAGGUUCCUCUAUCAUUUAAAUCAAAUCUCGAUGAUGCGUGUAUCAAUGCUGAUGUGCAAGCCAAAGUUGCUCAGUAUCUUGCAAAGUCGAGUUUAUUUACAGCCAUUCCAGCUAUAUUUGUUCUUGGACCGCUCGGAACAUUAUCAGAUAGGAAGGGCCGUAAAUCAACUUUAUUGAUAUCGGCUGUAGGAACCUUUCUCACCACGUUAAAUUUGUUAUUAGUCAGUAACUUUUAUGAUAAGGUUGGAUUAUAUACCUAUUUAAUUGGGUCAUUUAUAGAUGGAGUAACUGGCGGUUUUUAUGCAUUAGCUGAAGCAAGCUAUGCAUAUGCUACAGAUUGUACUCAUCCAACACGAAGGAGUGUGAUGUUUGGAUGGAUACAAGGUGCCAUGUUCGCAGGAUAUUCAGCAGGACCCACGAUAGGUGGAUAUUUGAUAAAAGCAACGGAUAAUUUACUUUCGGUAUAUUAUGUGACGCUUGUAAUAUAUAUUUUGCUGGUUUUAUUUUACCUUUUUAUAUUACCUGAAUCUUUAUCAAAAGAUAAAUUGUUUGUGAACCUAAAACGUCAACAAGAACUAUUUUCAAUUAAUUGGACGGGAAUGAAAUGGAUUGAUUCCUUCCUUGGAUUAGUUUAUAGCAUGUUUAGACCACUAUUAUUGUUCCUUCCGAAUGGUAGACGACAACAAAAUAUUGAAAGCGAUAAAGUUCCUAUUUCUGCUACAAAAUAUUCAUUCUCAUUAUUAGCAGUUGUAUACUCCUUAUUAUCUGCUUCUAUAAUGGCAAUGUCAGGAGUGACCGUAUUAUAUACAUCAUUAGUAUUUAAAUGGACCUUGAUAGAACAAGGUUAUUUUAUAUUCUUAAUGAGUGGAACAAAAGUAUUUGUCUUAUUUGUCUUGUAUCCCCUAUUAGUAAGGUUUAAGAAACAAAUACUUUUGUUAUUAUCUAAAUUCAAAUCCAUCUUUUCAAAAAAUAUGAAAAAUAAUACGGAAGAGCAAGUCACCAUUGAUGAUGAUAGAAGUGAGGAAACUCUGCUUAAAAAGGAAUUGAUCUUUGAAGUUUGGGUAAUCAGAAUAGUAUUUUUAAUUGAUGGAUUGGCUCAUGUCGCUUAUGGUCUCGCAAAAUCUGGUUCGCUAUUUAACGGAGUCACCGUUAUAGCUGCCAUAGGUAUAAUAACUACUCCGGCGAUAAAAUCAUUACAGACAAAUUUAAUAUUCCCUACUCAAAUAGGUCAAUUAUUAGGUGGAAUAAGUGUAAUAGAUUCACUUCUUCGCAUAGUUGUUCCACCCAUAUUUGAUAAUUUAUAUGCUGUACUUGUUAAAACUUCUCCUGGUUCAAUAUGGCAUUGUAUAUCAGUCUUACUAUUCAUCGCCUUUUUCGUUUCAUUUGGCAUUGGUCCUCCUCAGUAA